CCUUUUUUCUUCCUUUUCUUUCCAUUUCCAUCCUCCUUCCAUCUCUCCGAUUUCCCGCCCUCCCUUCUAUCUUCCCAUUUGAUAAUUCUUUCUCCAUCAUUUGAUUCAUAAUUUUCUGAUUUUAUUCAUCAUUUUUGUACAAUUUUUUUAGAAUUUUUUUCAUUUUUUUCACAAAUUUCAUUAUUAUUAUUAAUAAUUUUUUCAGAAUGCAGUUUCUCGAUCCCGAAAUUCUGCUCAGAUUUUGAGGCUAUCAUCAUCUGACUUGGAAAUAUUUUGCUUCCUUUCUUGCGUGAUCAUGGUUUCCACAAAAGAUUUCCUCCGGGUUUCAUUUUCCUCGAAAUUAUUCUCUUUUUAAUCUAAAUAUCCUUUCUUGAUCUGAAUAAUCGCUUGCCGAUGCAAAAUUCGAUCAUGGAUGGUGUUGUCGGCGGAAAAUUCAAAAUGGGUCGAAAGAUCGGGGCUGGAUCUUUCGGGGAACUCUUUCUUGGGGUAAACAUUCAGACAGGAGAGGAAGUUGCUAUAAAGCUGGAACCUGUGAAGACCAAGCAUCCUCAACUUCACUAUGAAUCAAAGUUAUACAUGCUUCUUCAAGGAGGAACCGGGGUUCCCCACCUUAAGUGGUUUGGUGUUGAGGGUGAUUACAACAUUAUGGUUAUUGAGCUUUUAGGCCCAAGCCUUGAGGAUUUGUUCAAUUACUGCAAUCGAAAGCUCUCUUUGAAAACGGUGCUAAUGCUUGCAGAUCAGUUGAUCAACAGAGUGGAAUACAUGCACUCAAGGGGUUUUCUUCAUCGUGAUAUAAAACCUGACAACUUUUUAAUGGGUUUGGGACGCAAAGCAAAUCAGGUGUACAUCAUCGAUUAUGGCCUUGCGAAAAAGUUUAGGGAUCUUCAAACUCAUAAACAUAUACCAUAUAGGGAGAACAAGAAUCUUACUGGCACUGCUCGAUACGCCAGUGUCAACACUCACCUUGGAGUUGAACAAAGCCGCAGAGAUGAUUUGGAAUCGCUUGGUUAUGUGCUUAUGUAUUUCAUACGGGGAAGCCUUCCUUGGCAGGGCCUAAAAGCAGGGACCAAAAAGCAGAAAUAUGACAAAAUCAGUGAAAAGAAAAUGCUAACUCCUGUUGAGGUGCUCUGCAAGUCAUACCCAUCAGAGUUUGUAUCAUACUUCCAUUAUUGUCGAUCUUUACGCUUUGAAGACAAGCCAGAUUAUUCAUAUUUGAAAAGGCUUUUCCGUGACUUAUUUAUUCGAGAAGGAUAUCAGUUUGACUAUGUAUUUGACUGGACUAUACUCAAAUAUCCCCAGCUCAGUUCCAGUUCAAGACAACGGACGCCUAGUGGGAGAGCUGGUGUAAGUGCUGGACCCUCUGCUGAAAGACCAGAAAGGCCUUCAGUGGGACGAGAAAUUCGUGAUAGAUUCUCAGGUGCCGUUGAAGUUAUUACUAGAAAAACUGCUUCAGGCAGUGGACAGCAUGGUGAUCAUUCAAGGCACAAGACACUAGAGAAGAUGUUCUCUUCAAAGGAUAUGGAAAAUGAUUCUGGUAGAGGCCGCAGCUCCAGUCGGCCUAGCAGUAGCAGCAUGUCCAAGAGGGUGGUCGCUGGUUCAAGCAGCAGGCCUGCCUCUUCUGUUGGGCCUAGUGAUCGAUCAAGCUGGCUUCUCUCUGGCAGCAGUAGUCGCCUUUCCACAAGCCAGAGACUCCAUUCUGGGUCUGAGCAGAGAUCAAACCUCUCCAAAGCUACAACAUCAAGAGGUCUCCGUGAUGAUCCUACUCAAAGCUUUGAGCAACUUACAAUUGGUACAGAGAAGAGGAAGGGGUGACUAUUCUGUUGAUAAAGAAUUAUUACUUCUCUACCCUGGUUUAUAUCCCACUUCCCAUUUUAAUCCAAAAUGCAAUCCUCUCACGCGUUAAUGGGGCUUCAUCAGAGUGAAAUUUCAAGUUUCUGUGAAAGGUCGUAUUGGACAUACUCUGUAUUUUCUGCCCCUUCCUUCUCACAAUUCACAAUGGUGGCAUCCUGAAGAGAAAUAUUAUCGAUCAUUUUUUUAGAAAAAAAAGAAAGAAAAAUUCUUCCAAUUUGUUAAUAUUUGUCUCUAAAGCAUGGCUGUUGCAAAUGCAAUCUAUUCCUGUUUUCCGACCUUCUUACUGUUCUAAACUGAUAUAUUCCUUCUAAUUGAUUGUAUUUUCUUUCUUUUUCAUAAUGCAAUCGACCGAUGCCUGUGUCAUUGUGUUG